AUGUCGUCCAAGUCGGAGAAAGUCGCCAACGAGGGUGUGGAAGGGGGCUCUAUAAGCCACGGAGACGUGACAAUCCAGACCCAGAAGCCUUUCACCACCUUGUCUGCCCUGGGCAUUGGCUAUGGCACCACAAACACGGCCAUCGGGCUACUUAUCGUGCUCGGCACCACGUUGCCAAUGGGCGGCUCGCCUCUCUUCUUCUGGGGCUUCCUUCUCAUGGCGGGAGUUGGCCUUGCCACAGCCACGACUCUUGCAGAGCUGACUUCUGCCAUGCCUCACCCCGGCGGCCAGUACAUCUGGGUAAACCGACUGGCGCCGAAACGCGCUGCCAGGUUCCUCUCCUAUGUCACUGCAAUGAUCAGUUGGUUGGCCGCCGUGGCGACUGGCGCUUCGGCCUGUCUCUCUGUCCCGGUCGGAGUCUGCAGCAUCAUCACGCUGCUAGACCCUACCUUUGUCUACAAGCGAUGGAUGGGCUUUGUCGGGUUCCAGAUCCUCAACAUCUUGACUCUCGGUUGCGCUACCUUCGAACACGCGCUACCAAGAAUCUCCAAGAUUAUGCUGCUGUUCAGUUGCCUGACCAUCGGAGUCAUCUUCAUCACCCUCUUCGCCAUGUCCGACGGACACGUGUCUGCGAAGGAUUUCUUCGUUACACCUGUCAAUAUUUCUGGAUGGCAGAACGGUGUCGCAUUCAUCAUUGGCCUCAACGGCGCCAACUGGAGCUUUUCGUGCCUCGACGUCGCCACUCAUCUUGCCGAGGAGAUCCCUUCUCCCAGCACCAAUAUCCCCAGGGCACUUAUGUGGACUAUUGUCGUCGGUUUCGGCUCCGGUCUUCUCGUUGUGUUGUCUGUGCUGAUCAACUUGACCGAUCUUGACGGCGCUGCCGAUAAUUCUGCCAUUGCCAUCUUCUAUCACAUCACUGGCAGCAAGGCCGCCGCCGUGGGUCUCUGGAUCCCCGUCAUGAUCACUACUGCUGGUGCGGUCUGGGCCAUCCAGACUUGGCAAUCUCGUCUGGCUUGGGCCAUCAGUCGUGAGGCUGGUUUCCCUCUGCACCGAUACCUGAGCAAGAUAUCGCCCGCGCCUUUCCACACUCCGGUAUGGUCUCUUGUCUGGUCAGCUACGGGUACUGCCAUUUUUGGCUGCCUCUACCUCGGCUCUGACCUGGCAUUUAACUCUCUCGUCUCUACCGGUAUCCUGCUCCAGUACAUUAGCUACAGUAUCCCCGUUAUUCUGGUUCUCACACAAGGCCGAUCCACCUUUAAACACGGCCCCUUCUGGUAUCCUCGGCUCGGACUUGUUGCAAAUAUCGUCAUGCUGAUGUGGACGGCGGUGGCCAUUGUUUUCUACUGCUUCCCUUACUACCUGCCGGUCGUGGUAGACCAAAUGAACUACGCCUCCGUAGUUUUGACGGGCGUUGCUGUUUUUAUCUCCAUUCUUUGGUUUUGUUUUGCAAAUAAGAAUUAUGAAGUGAAGGAGCAUUUAGAUACUUGA